AUGAGAACACGAAGCUCUAAGAGGAAAAGAGUAGAAGUAGAGAUCGAAGAUGGCGAAGUUUCCAAAUACUUCAAAAAGGACGAGGAAGAAGUCCGGGAGACGCCCUUAAAAGACGUAAUCGAUGUAGAGAUGGUGAAAAAAAUGGGCCCCGAAACCUACUACGAUUGGGUACAAGCUCGAACCAAAUACGAGGUUACUUAUGGCCCGCUUGAGGAUCAGCCAAAUUUUCCACGAAAUUUCGUCCCUAUCUACCAAAAAGUACGACUUAUGCGAUCGAAGAUUGCCACUCCCGUGGACUCUGUUGGGUGCUCCAUGAUCCCCUUGAGCGUCGGGAAGGAGUUUGGCGAAACAAAAGAGACAAUGUUGCCCAGAACCUACCGAUUCCAGCUGCUCAUCGCCCUCAUGCUGUCAUCGCAAACAAAAGACGAAGUCAACGCCAAAGCUAUGUUCAAUCUUAUGGAGCAUUGCAAAGACGUACUGAAGAACUCUGAAGGUGUUACUCUUGAAGCUAUGUUUCGAAUUGAUGAAGAAACGAUCGCACAGCUCAUAUAUCCUGUUAGUUUCUACACCAGAAAAGCUCUUUACAUCAAAAAAACCAUACAGAUUUUGAAAGACCAAUUCGAUGGAGACAUGCCACCUGAUAUCACCGGCCUUUGCUCGUUGCCUGGCGUUGGUCCCAAAAUGGGAUAUCUCGCGCUUCAAAUGGCUUGGGGGAAGGUAGAUGGGAUUGGAGUCGAUGUCCAUCUAGACAGGCUAUGCAAAAUGUGGAGAUGGGUUGACCCUCAGAAAGCCAAGUCUCCUGAGCACACUCGCAAACUUCUCGAAGAGUGGCUUCCCCGCAAUCUUUGGUAUGAGAUCAAUCCAAUUCUUGUUGGGUUUGGACAGGUAAUCUGUCUUCCGAGAGGGAAAAGAUGUGACCUGUGCAUGGCAAACGACGUGUGCAAUGCAGUUGAUCGGAAGGUCGUAAAAUCAGCAAAAAAUCGGACUGAACUACGUAAGAGCCGAGGAAAUGUUACGAAGUGGGUGGAAUAUAUGGAAGAAACUGCACAUGCCAAGGAGACACUAGAACCUGAGGGAGAUGUGAAAUUGGUGCUGGAAAAAGAUGACAACCCUUUAUCGAAGACAGAUUCUUAG